GGCUGCAGGCGACUGCAACCCCUUCUCCCCAUCGACAAGCAGAAAAGCACCUGCAACUCCUCCAAACCCUAAUCCUAAAGCUAAACCACGCUGAAUCAAUUUUACCUCAGAAAUAAGAACAACCAUCUGCAAUUCCCCUUCCUUCACACCUAAAAGAAGAAGAAAAAAAAAAAAAACCCUGUAACUAAUCGUAAUCUCUCGUCCUUUGUUGAUGGAAGGCUACUGCAUUGCCGAGCUAAUCGUAAUUCAGAUGGCGCAGCAAACCCAAUUCGCUCCGGAUCUUAUAGAGGUAAUUCUUUUAAGGCUUGGCGUCAAAUCUCUGCUUCGAUUCAAAUGUCUAUCCAAGCAGUGGUUUCUUCUACUUUCCAAUCAACAAUUCAUCACAAGACGCCUCAAAAUCCAGACUUCUAUAUGCACCCACCAGGAAUUUAUCGUACAGAGCAGUAAAGAUUCAAACUUGGCCGUCAGCACUCUAAAUGCUAAUGCUGAUAGGAUUCUCUUUCCACUAUUGGAAACCAAUUGCCUCCAGCAUCGCUGUUUGGAACUCGUCAACCAAGGAACAGAGGAGAUUUCCGGAACCACAAUGUCUCAGAAGAAUUUUGAACGAUUUGGGUUCAGUUGUGACUCUGAGCAGCCACAGAGUCCAAACAUGUCAAUGGCCACAUCUACUGGCUUAUUGAUCGAGAAGGACGAGAAGAAUGAGGGAUUGCCAGUUGAUUUGGCCAGAGAUAGGAUGGGAGAAGAGGAAUCUCUAAGCUGGACAUUAUCCAAUGACUUUAAAAUGUGUGCUAGUUUGGAGCUCUCAGGAGAUUCUCUUUGUCUGACGAAAUUGUUCAGAGUUCAUAGUACUGAUGGCAACUUCAACACCCCUUUAUAUGAUGAAACGAAUUGGGAUGUGAUGUCUCCUGUCUGUUUCACCAGCAAUGUCAAUCUGAUUUUUUCGCAUGAAAGAGAUGAAUAUGCUAUUUAUGAUGCCAAUGAUCAAUCAGUUAACAAGGUUGCAGAAUUUGGCAAUCGCAUUGUUGGAUCCUGGCCUAUGAGUCCGUAUGUGGAAAGCUUGGUCUCCCUGGGUGCUAUUAGUUGUAAUGAGAAGGUUGAAGCAAUUCUGCCAGCUAUCAUUCUUUGCUGUUGACAAGAACUCUGUGGUCUCAGCUAGUAAAUUUGGUUGUUAAAGGAAUGGUGAUUUUGGUUUUUAUUAUUCAUUAAUCACAAGAAAGUGCCCUUGACACUUCAGUUUUGUCUUGUCUUCAAUGAGUUUAAUGUGUCUUUGGAGCUGGAGGAGGUUGACACUGUGAAAUUCUGCCAGGUGCGCCAUUAUCGAUCUUCUGUUAGAUUAUUAUGCUAAUCAAGGUGUGUGUGAAGAAGAGGUGAGGCAAGGGAAGCAUGACUCCCAUAAUAUUUGAUUUAUUUUUCCUUGAAAGCCAUGGGCAGAAAGGUGGAUUUUCUUGAUACAGUUCUGAUUUACUGGUGCUGUUCACAAUUAUACUGCCCUGUCUUUGUGCUGUUUAUCUUCAAGAACAUAUAGAGUGUAGAUUUGUGUGGAUUAGUCUAAGUUGAGCUUUAUCUUUUGUACCAGUUGACCUGCAUAUUCUUCUUGGUUUAUUAGGUGUGUUGCUUGUGUUUGCUGUCAUUGUCCUGCAUUGCCGUUUAGUUCAGGGGUUCAAAGUCUGGAGACACUUCAGGGUUUUGUUUCCAUUUUUUCACAACCUUGGAACGAUUUGUUGAAGCUUUGCCAGUGGCAAGGUUGUUUAGGUAUUGGGAACCCAAUUCAAUGUUGCAUUUUCUUAUGCUGCUUAUGGAUUUGUUUUAUGAGUCGGCUUUAUGCAUUUAGAUUUGGGUUCAAUUGCACACAGGCACUCGGCCUCUUUUGUUUCUUAAGUUGUUAUCAAUGAAAUAUUUUUAUUUAU